UACUUUCACCGCGGGUGCAGUCGACACUGGAGAGCCGUGUUGAAGACAUGUCUUUCAGGGUACUUUUCGACCGCAGGAGCAUUUUCAUGCAGCAUGUGCCCGUGGAGCGAGUGGUGUUUUCUUCUAUGGGAACACUAUGGUCUGUAAACAGCAAUACGUCGCUGCCAGUGGGUCCAUCAGAGACUCCACCUGCUGCAGAAUGGAAUCCGGUCCACGCUGUUGUCCCUCCGUACAUCUUCAUCGUAAGCCUGACGGGCCUUCUCUUGAACAGUUUUGUCCUCGGGGUGUUUGUGGCUCACAAGGAUCGGCUGACCGUGGCAGAGCUGUAUCUCGGUAACCUGGCACUGGCUGACUUUUUCCUCCUGUGUGGCCUCCCUUUCUGGGCCAUGUACGUCCUCAAUGACUACAACUGGCCGUACGGGGACGCCUCGUGCAAACUGGUCAACUCCGUCAUCAUCGUCAACUUCUACACCAGCAUCUACACCCUGGUGAUGAUCAGCUUCGAUCGCUACCUUGCACUGGUGAAGACCAUGAAGGCCAGGUGGCUGAGACGGACCCUUUACGCCAAGAUUGCCUGUUUGAUCCUAUGGAUAUUAGGACUUCUACUGAGUCUGCCAACUAUGCUCCACAGGAAGGUGAAGUUCAUGGAGGACUACCAGACGCUGUCCUGUGUACUGGACUACGGCGAUGACAUGCAUUGGAAGUUGGCCCACCAGAUUCUGAUGAAUGUGGUGGGCUUUGUGAUGCCUCUCCUGGUCAUUGUGUUCAGCAGCGGAAGCAUAAUCAAAGUCUUAGCUCAGCGGAAGGACACUGUGGGAUUUCACGACGCCAACGACAGGAAGGCGACAGCGCUGGUGUACGCCGUGACGCUGCUGUUCUUACUUUGCUGGGGUCCCUUUCAGAUAUUCACCUUCCUCGACAUACUCUGUGACGUCCACGUGCUGGAUGAGACGUCGUGGUUCCACGCGCUCAACGUAGGCGGUCAGGUGUCCGUGUAUCUGGGCUUUCUCAACAGUGCCCUCAACCCCCUGCUGUACGUCUUCUCCGGACAGUACUUCAGGAGGAAAGUUACUGCCAUCUACAGGAGGUCCAGACAUCCUCACAGAGGGUCAGACAUGACCACAUACCAACGCUCUGUUGUGUCCACUUACCUCAACAAAACGGAGCAAAUUAAGCCUGUGGUUAUUUUUUAAUGAUUGUACUCCUGACAUGCCAUUGCUCCACUUCUGCUGCUGCUUGUUGCUCAAAUUCGAUGGAGCCUAAUAAUCUGGUUAAAUACUUACAGAGAGUUUCAUGAUGUUUAAUUGUUGUGGACGUAAUCUGUUUGAAACAUUACCCUUUUUUUUAUUCAUAUUACACAAAUCAAAUGUAACAUUUUGCAGAGACUUUAUUAUCUUAUUUUCAUUUUGUGUACUUGGUGUAAAUUGGCAUUUAUAGUCCCUGUCCAUCCUCAUACAAUACGGCUUUACCUUGGCGUUUAACAGAGACAUUUAUCCUGUACGUUUUUAUUAAAGCAGUUUCAUUACGGUGUCAUGAGAUAAAUGUGCUAAAUACAAAUUGCAUUACAAAAUACUACAUUUGGAUCAGUUAUGAAUAUAUUCCACAUUGGACGCAACCAUAUCAGCUAAUAAGCUACGAAAUAUUGCUACAUUAUGUUAAAAAAUGAUGAUGAUGAUGUGAUUCCAGGCCUCUUUAUAAACAAAUUCAGAGUUGUUUUACAGCUGUCGCUUUGUAUCAAUAUACCGGCCUGACAUUUAGUCGUUAAUAAAGACUCUACAGCAUGUGUAA